GUCCUCCGCCAGCGGCGGGGCCGGGCUGAGGAUGACAUUCCCCGCUCCGCGGCCGCGGGCCCCGCAGUUUCCCAGCGAACAGUUCAGAAAGUUGGAGUGCAAGCAGGGCGCCGUGAGAGCCGUGCGCUUCAACGUGGAUGGUAAUUAUUGCCUGACCUGUGGCAGUGACAAGACCCUGAAGCUGUGGAAUCCACAUCGAGGAACGCUCCUGAAGACCUACACUGGCCAUGGAUAUGAGGUUCUGGAUGCAGCUGGGUCCUGCGAUAACAGCCAGAUCUGUUCGUGCAGCGGUGACAAAACCAUCAUACUGUGGGACGUGGCGACGGGGCAGCUGGUGCGGAAGUUUCGCGGCCACGGCGGGAAAGUGAACUGCGUUCAAUUCAAUGAGGAGUCGACUGUCAUUAUUUCAGGUUCCAUUGACACCUCGAUUAGAUGUUGGGAUUGCCGCUCACGGAAAACAGAACCCAUUCAGAUUCUCGAUGAAGCAAAGGAUGGGAUCUCCAGCGUGAAGGUUUCCGACCAUGAAAUUCUGUCAGGGUCUGUCGAUGGACGGGUGCGGCGGUAUGACCUUCGGAUGGGACAGCUGUUUGCGGAUUUCAUUGGAAGUCCAAUAACAAGUGUAUGUUUCAGCAGAGAUGGGCAGUGUACACUGAGCUCCAGCCUGGACUCCACACUUCGGCUCUUGGAUAAGGAGACUGGGGAGUUACUAGGACAGUACACAGGCCACAAGAGCCAACAGUACAAGCUGGACUGCUGCUUCAAUGAGUCCGACACACACGUGGUCAGUGGCUCCGAGGACGGGCAAGUGUAUUUCUGGGAUCUAGUCGAGGGCUGCCAGGCUACAACACUGAAUGUUGGGAAGGGUGUGGUGCAGAGUCUGAAUUACCACCCAACGCAUUCCUGCUUGCUCAUCGCCACAGAGGGGACCGUGCAGCUCUGGGGAGACCAAACGUACGCAGCAGAGAUGCAAACAGCCACGUGACACUCUGGCACAGGCUCCCAGCACUCAGCCACUGCCCUGGUUACAGACUAAGGGAAAGACACUCUCACUCUCGUCAGCCUGCUCUCGUGACACACUGGGAUCCACAGUGUAGUUAACUGUAACUAGCAGUUGUCCCAGCAUCUCUGCCCUCCAUAAUUUACACAUCAGUUUUGUGACGAAUAAAGGAAAAUCCGAGUUUCA